UGCAGUUAUCACAACAAAACCCGUUUGUGUUGCCGGUUCGUUCUCGAACGACCCAUCGGACUGCUUCACACGCAAGAUGAAGCGACACUGCUAUCUAGUGGACGUCGGUUGUAAUUACACCAAACAAACAUUGUCUUUAAAGUGAUGAAAGACAGAUUUAAGUGCAAACAGACAUUUGAAAACAAAUAUUAGCUUAAAGGUUGUGACGUAAAAUUAUAAUAUUUUACGGGAACGCGCUUGUAUUUCUAUGAAGUUUAUCACAUCCAAUUACGCAGCCUGCCAAUCAAAUGAGACGCGAUGACGUAAAUGCCAGGACACGUGACUUCGCGUCCUCGCGCACAGGAGCACGAUGGUCUGUCCGCUGUGCACCUACGAGACCACCAAGCUGGUCCGGAUCCACAGCGUCCGGCUGGGCUCGCUCAAGUGGACCCUGAACGCAACCAUCCUGGUCUUCAUCUGCUUGGUGAUGUUGUGGAACCGGAAGUACCAACAGUUUGAUUUGGUGGUCAGCUCCGUCACCGCCAAGGUGAAGGGCGUGGCCAGCACGCGCCUGCCCGGCCAGGAGGGUGUGGUCUGGGACGUGGCCGACUACAGCGGACCCGCGCAGGACAAAAACUCCUUCUUUGUGGUGACUAACGCCAUUGUGACCAAAAGGCAGAAGCAAGGACGGUGCCCUGAGCCUCCUGUCAGCGGCCGCCCGUGUCGACAUGAUGAUGACUGUGAGGAAGGCUCCUGGGAUCAGCACAGCAACGGGAUCCAGACGGGAUUGUGUGGGAACUUUGAUGUGUUGACCAGAACCUGCGAGGUGAAGGCCUGGUGUCCCAUCGAGACCAAGACCAGUCCUCCAAGGCCUGCUCUGCUGGCCUCGGCUGAGAACUUCACGGUCCUCAUCAAGAACAACAUCCGCUUCCCCGCCUUCAACGUCACCAGAAGGAACAUCCUCCCUCUGAUGAACGACUCCUACCUGAGGAGCUGCCGGCGUGCGAACGACUCGCUGUGUCCCAUCUUCAGAUUGGGAGACGUUGUGAGGGAGGCCGGGGAGAACUUCUCCCGGAUGGCGGUGGAGGGGGGCGUCAUAGGCAUCCAGAUCAAAUGGGACUGCAACCUGGACUAUCUGACGCGACACUGCCUGCCCAGGUACUCCUUCCGGAGGCUGGAUGAGAAGGAGAGCAACAAGACCCUGUACCCGGGAUUCAACUUCAGGUUCGCAAAGUACAACACGGUCAACGGCGUGGAGGAGAGAACGCUCUACAAGGCUUUUGGCAUCAGGUUUGACAUCAUGGUCUUUGGGCAGGCGGGAAAGUUCAGCAUCAUUCAGCUGGUUGUCUACAUCGGCUCUACGUUGUCCUACUACGCUCUGACCACGGUCCUGAUAGACUGGCUGAUCAGAAGCAGCUGCUACUCUGCAGACGUGGGCGUGGACUACUCUGAGAAGAAGGUGGAGUCUGUGGGGGACCGACGCAAGAGCAUCCUGAGUGUGUCGUACGUGGACGAGGACGACAUCCGUCUGGUGAGAAUGUGCCGGAAGGGACGCUUGCAGGACGCCCAGACUGUCGCUGUGGCGCCCAGGAAGGAGGAUGCUAGUGUGAGAGCCGCGGUUCUAUGUCUUCUUCUAUCAGGAGCCGGUCCGGGUGGCGACCCUCAGCCCGCCCUCGUCCCUAAACCCGCCCCCCUCCGUGCAUCUUGGUGUCAGUGUGAACGCUGCACCGACUCCGCCCUCCCCCAGGAGGCGCUGUGCUGCAGGCAGAGCAAGGGCGCCUGCAUCUCGUCCUCUCCGCUCUUUGACAGGCUGGUGUUGCACCGCCCUCUGCUGGAGGCGCUGCUCCUCUACGGCGACCCCUUGCCUCCUCCUCUGAUUGCUGGCGGGGCGACGACCGCCGCCAACCUGCGACGCUGUGCCUACCAGCAGUACGUCACGUGGCGGUUUGGGGUCCUGCCUGACGACUCCCGCCCCGCCAUCCCCCGCUGCUGUGUGACCAGGAUCAGGGAGGAGUUCCCAGCCUGGACGGACGAUACUCGGCAUUAGCAUGAAAGGCGUGUGUCCAAGUAGCGAAACGGCGUGGAAUUAAAAAGGGAAGCAUGAAUAACGGCACUAAGAUAAGUCUCUACUUGUGAAAACGGUUCAAAUGCUUCUAUGGUAACAUUAGGAUGCUAACAUGCUAAAGUUAGCUUACAAGUUUUUUAGAAAAACAGAAUUCUGUGAAGCAAAAAUGUUAGCCACAUGACAACCUGAAUGUGUUGAUCGGUUGGGAAAUGUGUUGCAUUCACACAACUAGCGCUAACAUGCUAACACCUGACAUGAUAGCACUAAGUGUUUAUACUGAAUACUCAUGAAAACAGCUAAAAUGCUGCUAUGCUAUUGCUAACAUUACUGAUAAAGUGUCUGCCGAUGUUAAAACUAACAAAAAUGGCAAAAAAUGCUACCAUGCUAAUGUUCACAUGCGAGCAAUGCUAACAUGCUAAAUGUAAUAUGGUUGCAGCAAAUGUCCGCCAAUGUUAAAACUAAAAAGGGCAAUCUACUAUGCUAAUGCUAGCUUUGUUAGCCGCUAGCGAGCUAGCAUCUGUGUGCUUUAUACUCAUAAAAACAGCUAAAAUGCUGCUAUGCUAAUGUUAGCAGGUUAUUGCUAAUGUUGCUAAUGAAGUGUCUGCCAAUGUUAAAACUAAAGAAAAGGACAAUCUACUAUCUUUGAGGCUAACUGGCUAGCUGCUAGCAAGCUGCUAGCAAGCUAGCAUCUGUGUUGAGUCCCUGUGGCAUAGGAGUUGCGCAAUAGGAGUGUAAAGUGUGCCU